UAAUGUGUUAAAUCAUGAAAAUGGUUGUCAUGUUCAUCGAAUCAUUCAACACAUUUCUCUUUUUCUUUUCUUCCUGAAUCUUUCUUUCCUCUUUCUUCGUUGUCAAAAUCCAAUCAGAACCUUCUGAUUUCUUAGCUCCGCCGCGUGAAAUCUCAGCUCCGAGAUAGUUUCCCGGUAAAGAACCGCCGCGAUGUCUUUCCUUUUCCGUAAGAACGGUAGCAGUUCACGGAGGCGGAUCAAAGACAAACUCCGUGGUCGCGGUAAGAGAGGAGAAGAAGAAGAGAGAGUCAGAUACGACGGUGGUGGCUCCGAUUCGUUACCUCCACCGCCUUCUCCUUGGGGUUUUCUCUUCCCGGAGGAUUUCGUGCGAGUCGACGGGAAUCUCAAAGCGAUUAUUGUAGAUGAGGAAGGAUUAGAUGUGAUUUACUGGAGAAAGCUUCUCGAGCUUGAAAACAGCGGGAAAAUUAGGAAAAACCCUAGACCUAGAAGAAGAGGCGGAGAAAGAGGAGACAAAUCCGAUGGCGGAUUAGGAAGAGCUGGAGCUGAUGAAGAAGAAGAAGACGAAGACGACGACGAAGAUGGAUUAUACAGAGGAUCGGGUAAAGGAGAUGAAUCGAUUGAAGAGACGUUUUCGUUUCAUGUGAAGAAAUCUCAAUCUCCUUCCUCCUCGGGUAGUGAAAUCGGAGAUCGGAGUAAUAACAAUAAUGUUGAAGGAGGAGGGAGAUACUACACUUCUUCUUCUACCUCCGCUGCUUCGCCGUCGCGACCUUCCACGAGCGGAGUAAGUGAUUACGGUGCCGUUGGGAAACAAUACCAAUCCAAAUUUCAAGCUCCUGGAGGCGGCUCAUUUCCGCCUUCUCCGCCGCAGAUUCCGCCGAUCCAAAGCAGUGGCAGUGGCGGCGGUGGUGGCGGUCGUUCACUCCCGCUUCCUCCGGGUCAAUUCACGGCGGCAAUUGCUUCGUCCUCUACAUCGCCACCGCCUAUUCCAGCCAACCAAACAUCACCACAGCUUCCGCCAUCAGCUGGGGCUCCACCUCCACCGCCUCCGCCAUCUGCUGGAGCUCCACCUCCACCUCCACCGCCUGUUCCGGCUAAGAAAGCACCUGCACCGCCACCACCUCCUCCGCCGGGCAAGAAAGCACCUGGCCCGCCGCCACCGCCUCCAAUGUCGAAGACUGGGCCACCAAAACCGCCCGGUACUGCAAAAGGAGCGAUGAAGCCAGGUGAGAGUUCUUCUGCCAUAGAAAAAACCGAGGAUCCAGCGCAGCCAAAGCUCAAGCCUUUACAUUGGGAUAAGGUUAAUCCUGAUGCGAGCCAUUCAAUGGUUUGGCACCGCAUCGAUGGUGGCUCGUUCAACUUUGAUGGUGAUCUCAUGGAGGCUCUGUUUGGAUACGUCGGCGCUCGAAAACCAAGUGAAGCAAACAGUGUACAGCAAAAACCGACUGUUUCCACCUCGCAGACUUACAUUCUCGAUCCUCGAAAAUCUCAGAACAAAGCAAUUGUGCUUAAAUCUUUGGGAAUGACGAAAGAGGAGAUCAUUGACUUGUUAACAGAAGGCCAUGAUGCUGAUUCCGAUACACUCGAGAAGCUUUCUGGUAUAGCUCCAACGCCAGAAGAACAGACAGAGAUCAUAGAGUUCAACGGCGACCCUACGAAACUUGCUGAUGCAGAAUCGCUACUCUUUCACAUCUUACGCGCAGUUCCUUCCGCGUUUAACCGGUUCAACGUCAUGCUCUUCAAGAUCAACUAUGGCUCUGAGGUUGCUCAGCAAAAGGCAUCUUUACAGACACUUGAAUCCGCGUGCAAUGAGCUACGUGCUCGUGGGCUGUUCAUGAAGCUACUAGAAGCUAUCUUGAAAGCAGGAAACAGAAUGAACGCUGGAACCGCCCGAGGAAAUGCUCAAGCUUUCAAUUUGACAGCUCUGAGAAAACUAUCUGAUGUGAAGAGUGUUGAUGGGAAAACUACUUUGCUUCACUUUGUUGUUGAAGAAGUUGUAAGGUCUGAGGGAAAACGUGCUGCGAUGAGUAGAAUCUCGAAUGAUAACGCCGGUGGAGAUAUUGCGGAUGCAUCUAGAGAAGAACAAGAGACUGAGUUUAUAAAGCUAGGUUUACCCAUUAUAGGUGGCUUAAGUUCAGAGUUCACCAAUGUGAAGAAAGCGGCUGGAGUCGAUUACGACUCAUUUGUAGCCACAACGUUAGCUUUAGGCACCCGAGUCAAAGAAACGAAACGCCUUUUAGACCAAAGCAAAGGGAAGGAAGAUGGGUGUUUGACAAAGCUUAGAUCUUUCUUUGAAUCUGCCGAGGAAGAACUGAGAGUUAUUACAGAGGAACAGCUCAGGAUAAUGGAGUUGGUGAAGAAAACCACAAGUUAUUACCAAGCUGGUGCAUUGAAAGAGAGGAACCUGUUUCAGUUGUUUGUUAUAAUCCGCGAUUUCUUAGGGAUGGUCGAUAAUGCAUGUAGUGAAAUCGCAAGGAAUCAACGGAAGCAGAGACCACCAACAACAGUAGCAGGAGCAUCAACUUCAACAGCAGCAACAUCGAGCGCUGCUGCUGCACCGCAGAGAAAUGCGGUUAGGUUUCCGAUUCUGCCUCCAAAUUUCAUGUCGGAGCAUUCAAGGUACAGUUCAAGUGAUUCAGACUCUGAUUCUUGAUAACCAUAAAACCAAAAAAACAAAACAAAGAUUGAUCACUUUUGUUAUAUGUUGUAUAUAGAUGGUAGGGAAGCUUGUUGGUAAAAAAAAUAUUCUUUAGGUUCUUUGAAGAUGGUUCGUAUGAUUU